ACGGUCUCUUCGGGCAGUGCCGUACCUCUAAGCAGGACCAGGUGCAGUACCAGGUGUCAGUUCCUGUUCUGAAGAGGAUGCAGGAGGUCCUCAAGCAGCUCAUGCUACAGGGUCUGUCCUGGCAGGAUGACAUUACCCAGUACGUUGUUGCCAAAGAGCUGAGCAGAGUUCCUCACACCACACACUCCUCCAGUCAGAGAGGAUACCCCAGCAGCUCCUCCAAUCAGAGAGGAUACCCCAUCAGCUCUUCCAAGUCAGGGGCCAGUCAGGCUGACAGCCACCAGGACUACUUGAUAGUAGACCAUCUCCAGUCCCCCCUUCGCAUGCAGACAUCUCCCAUGGACCCCUUUACCUACCAACAGGAAGAUAUGGAGCGCUCCCUCCACCAGGGAGGAGGAGUCUACGCAGGGAUUCGUCCUUCCUCCAGAUACCAACAAGCCAAACAGAGAGAGAGAGACCGUCAACUGCUGCAGGACGUCAUCUCCCUCUAUCUGUCCUCUUCCCCUGCACAGCCCUCAUUCCGCCACCGCGGGGCAGCAGCCCUGCCAGCCCCACCCUACUACGAGGAACCGGAGCUGCCUCUGGACUAUGUAGAGGACUACAGUCUGACAGAGCUGGCUAUGGCUAGAGCCAGACAACAGCAGCAACAGCAGCAGCUUCCACAGGGGGACUACAGCUCUCUGGCUGGGCUGGAUGAGUCUAUCCUACAGCGUAUGGUGGAGACCCUGGAGAGGUACGGUAUUGACCCUAGAGAGCUGACCCCCCAGCAGCUCUACAGACUGGCUGUGGUGCUGCAGCUGAUGCAGGCUGAGGACCAGGACAACAUAGAUCCACUUGCCGAUGAUCCAAAGACGCAGCAGGUUCUUAAAAGCAGUGACACAGUGCCCAAAAAGGGAGAGAAAGCUCCCGUCCUUGUCCCCCGUCCCUCCUCUGCCCCAGGGCCCAAGGUGGUCCCUACCCUGGCCCCAGCUGCCACUAGUCCCCCCCUCACAGCACCUCUAGGGGGCAGCGUGAUAGCCAAGGACUCCUCUGUCUCUGUGGAGGAUGUGAAAGGGAAGGUGAAAAGCUCCAAUGUCCCAGCAGGGCUACCAGCUGCUGAGGGGGGAACAGCAGCCAGGGAGGAGUACGGAUACAUCGUCACUAACCAGAGUCCUCUCAGUCUGUAUAAUGGGGUGAAGCUACUGGGCGUACUGGCAGAGAGGAUCCACCUGACUACCAGCAGCUUCAUCAACAUCAGUGUGGUGGGUCCUGCCCUGACGUUCAGGAUCAGGCAGAACCCUCAGAACAUGAGUGCAGACGAUAUGGCUGAGAAGGCUGACGGUCUCUUCGGGCAGUGCCGUACCUCUAAGCAGGACCAGGUGCAGUACCAGGUGUCAGUUCCUGUUCUGAAGAGGAUGCAGGAGGUCCUCAAGCAGCUCAUGCUACAGGGUCUGUCCUGGCAGGAUGACAUUACCCAGUACGUUGUUGCCAAAGAGCUGAGCAGAGUUCCUCACACCACACACUCCUCCAGUCAGAGAGGAUACCCCAGCAGCUCCUCCAAUCAGAGAGGAUACCCCAUCAGCUCUUCCAAGUCAGGGGCCAGUCAGGCUGACAGCCACCAGGACUACUUGAUAGUAGACCAUCUCCAGUCCCCCCUUCGCAUGCAGACAUCUCCCAUGGACCCCUUUACCUACCAACAGGAAGAUAUGGAGCGCUCCCUCCACCAGGGAGGAGGAGUCUACGCAGGGAUUCGUCCUUCCUCCAGAUACCAACAAGCCAAACAGAGAGAGAGAGACCGUCAACUGCUGCAGGACGUCAUCUCCCUCUAUCUGUCCUCUUCCCCUGCACAGCCCUCAUUCCGCCACCGCGGGGCAGCAGCCCUGCCAGCCCCACCCUACUACGAGGAACCGGAGCUGCCUCUGGACUAUGUAGAGGACUACAGUCUGACAGAGCUGGCUAUGGCUAGAGCCAGACAACAGCAGCAACAGCAGCAGCUUCCACAGGGGGACUACAGCUCUCUGGCUGGGCUGGAUGAGUCUAUCCUACAGCGUAUGGUGGAGACCCUGGAGAGGUACGGUAUUGACCCUAGAGAGCUGACCCCCCAGCAGCUCUACAGACUGGCUGUGGUGCUGCAGCUGAUGCAGGCUGAGGACCAGGACAACAUAGAUCCACUUGCCGAUGAUCCAAAGACGCAGCAGGUUCUUAAAAGCAGUGACACAGUGCCCAAAAAGGGAGAGAAAGCUCCCGUCCUUGUCCCCCGUCCCUCCUCUGCCCCAGGGCCCAAGGUGGUCCCUACCCUGGCCCCAGCUGCCACUAGUCCCCCCCUCACAGCACCUCUAGGGGGCAGCGUGAUAGCCAAGGACUCCUCUGUCUCUGUGGAGGAUGUGAAAGGGAAGGUGAAAAGCUCCAAUGUCCCAGCAGGGCUACCAGCUGCUGAGGGGGGAACAGCAGCCAGGGAGGAGUACGGAUACAUCGUCACUAACCAGAGUCCUCUCAGUCUGUAUAAUGGGGUGAAGCUACUGGGCGUACUGGCAGAGAGGAUCCACCUGACUACCAGCAGCUUCAUCAACAUCAGUGUGGUGGGUCCUGCCCUGACGUUCAGGAUCAGGCAGAACCCUCAGAACAUGAGUGCAGACGAUAUGGCUGAGAAGGCUGCGUCUCAGAAGUCCUUUCUGGAGUCUGAGACAGGGUUGAAGAUACUGCAGACUGGUGUGGGAGAGGUACAGUAG